CUAUUUUGCUCAAGGAGGAGUGCUCAGGUCUAAUUUGCUGACAAUUUUGUUGGGCAAUCCUAUCUUUUCUACAACCUAAAUUUUAUUGAUUUAUAAUUGUUGUCAUUACUCUCAAUAUUCUCAUUAUCAUUGUCUUGAAUUAUUAUUUUCAUUUUUGAAUAUUAUUGUUAAUAGUAUUAUUAUUGAAUAUUGUGAUAACUUUUUAUUAUUAUCACCACUGCCCACCCUCAUAGCACUUUCAUUCCACCACCACCACCUACGCCCCCUCAUAUCGCUCACCAACCUUUCCUUUUUACUUUCAUUACCUGUUUCUCCUUCGCUGCGCUGCAUUCACACCAUUUCACAAUUGCCAAUCCAACACCACCAUCAUCUAUUUUAAAUUUGUGUACUUUUUAGACUGUUUACUUUUCCUCUGAUGAAGCCCUGUAUGCUGUCUAUAAAGUGUAUUUCUAAUCACUGGUUAUUAGGUAGUGAUGUUGAUAUGCCCAUGUCUCAUACACUGCUUUUGCUAAAGAUAUUUAUGAGUUUCUAUAUUUUGGGAUUUCCUUAUUACUUAGAUAGGCUUUUUUUAAGUACUUAAAGAUAAAUGGUUUGAUUGUAUUUAAUAUUUCGAUUAUAGAGUUUUACACUACCGCAAGAGAGACAAACUUGGACAGCAUUAGUUAACAACAUUUGUGUUGCUGCUAAAGCAGAGAAGAACUAAUUAUAGUUUUUCUAUGCGGAUAUGGCUAUUAUAUAUAUAUAAGUGUUACUAAGGUGUAAUGACUCCUUGCAAGCAGGGAUAAACAAUUCAGUCUCCUGGACAACUGGUUUUUAUCUGCGGAAGACCACUUAUCAUUACACAGGGUAACCCCUGGGCAACCAAAUUUUCCCUGGGAAUGUCCACCCCUGUCGCCAGAGUUACGUUUCAGAAGACCACCGGCCAUAUGCAGGGGACCAAUGAAAGAGCUGCUGAUCUCCCACUGGGGGACCAGUCUUUUACAGAAAUUGUCCACCUCUGUGUGAUGAUGAUGUUCUUAUACAUUUGAACCCCUUUUGCUACCCUUUGGACCUUUAUGUUAAGACUUUUGACUUGAAUAACCAAGGAAGAUCAAUCAUAUGGGUAUGAAAGAUCAGUCUGCCAUAGGGAAGUUUUAUGUAAUCCAGGAUAUGACUUAACAGGAUUUACUGAACCUUGUUAAUGCUACCUACCUACCAAGGGCCAGUCAUUAGAAGCCUGUUUACUAAUAAGUGCUUUUUGUGGUUUUGCAGCUUGCUAAUGUAAACCAUAGAGAUAUGCUGUAAACAAACAUUUUGGUCAUAGGAGGAAAAUUAUCAUCAUGAUUAUAAUUAUUUUCGACAUGUCAGUAGCUUUGAGCUUGCUGGACAUUUGACAAAGUGAAUUUUUAAUAUACAAUUAAUAGAAAUGUGAAAGAAAUGGAGAGCCAUAAAAAUACUAAAAAUGUUUAACCACUGGUAAAUGGUUUUCACUUCUUUUGAAGGGCUCCAUCAGAUACCUUUAGUUCAUGUAGAUAUCAAAUUUCUGUUUAUCAAAAUAUCAACAUAUUUUACCGAACGUCAAUAACAAGAUUUUAUCAGGAGCAAACAUUGCAUGUGCUUUAGAGAUUGCAAAGUUCGAAGGAUAGGUUGAUCUUAUCAGAAAUGAUUUAGGGUCACAAACAAAACGUUUUUUCAUGCGGUAGUUGUUCAGUUGAGGUCAGUAGUAACCUUAUCUCGCUUGAACUGUGCAUAGUAUGAUGUAUGUCAGCUACUGAUAAAGCGUGGGUUCUUAUCCUCUACGUCAAACGGGAAGCGACAUGGAUUGUCUAUUGCUUGAUAUAUUCUGUCUUUUUCAACGCUAGUUAAAUUACCUCAUUGUUAAACAUGAAAACCGCAUACAAAAUCAGACAACGAUACAAAUCCUUUGUGACUGCAAAUGUGCAUAGAGAGCAUUGUGUGCGACGUUACAACUAGCAUGAAUUUCUUUGUCAUUUGAAGAAUAACUUUCAAGGUAUUUAGAAAAUUUCUUGUUUGUCAGCUCAGUUUACAUAGGCUUAAGGCAAAGACUUGAAGACUACGCAAGAUUGAAUUGUCAAAACAGUUUGUUUAAGGAUGGGUUCAAUCGUUUCGGUAAAGGAACGAGCCCGUAAAAAGACCAUGGUUAUCACAAGUUUUGGGUCUCAGGUUUUGAGCAAACAUCAAGCUAGAGUGAUAGAUACUGGGAACCAAAGGGGUAUCGAAUGGCAGCCGGAUGUUACGAAAAGAUAUCGGAAUAUCGACAACAAUAUUGAUGGUAAAGGGGAACGGAUAGACAACAACAAGAGUAAAAGGAGAUAUAAAGGCAAGAAUUUGGAAAGAAAAAGUGUUGACCAAGUAAAUGAACAAAUCAAAUCAUAUCCACAUGGACAAAAUUCUCACGGUGUCAGUUUUGAAGAAAAUAACCGAAGGGAGGAAUUUCACCCGGUUAAUAAAAACUUGAAGCCAGACUCCCCUAGAAAAGUUGUAAAAGAAAGUGAGUCUCCAAAAAGCAAUGUUUGCCUCGAAGAUGCCUUAGACGUCGAGUUGAAUGGCAUGCAGAGGGAACUAAAAUGUAAAAAGGAAAAAGAGCCUGGAGGGGUUAGUAUCAUCGAGAGGGAGCCGUGCAAAAAAACAGUUUUUGAUGGAGAUCAGGGCAUUGAAAAAUUUGCCAAUUCGUUUGGUUCUUCUCAAGAGGCUGUACCGCCUGUCGAGAAGGGCCCUUUGCAAAUAAUUGGUACUAAGAGCUCUUCAAUGUUGUUUGCACAAGCAGAGCCUGUCUCCGUUCCCAAUAACAGCCGUGCUUGUACACCAGUUCACAACGCAGUGGGUAAUUGGGGCAAAGGAGUUAUAGGGACCAGUGAGCAUGUACUGGAUCAUACAGGGAAUGUGACGUCUAGAGGUGUAGAUGCUGAGGUGAAAAGUAGUGCAGAUUAUUACAACCAGUUUGCUUAUGUGAGUUCUUACAGAUCACCAACUCCAAAUUUAACAGGUAGAGGUGCAAAGAAGUCACACACUGGAGAAUGCACAUGUCAAGCAUGCACUAACACCAGAGUGAGAGAGAGGGCAGCUGUAAGAAUUCAAAGCCAUAUGCGUGGCUAUCAGGCAAGAAGAGAGAUGCUAAAAAGGCGCAAAAGUAUUGUCAAAAUUCAACGAAUUUAUCGUGCAAAAAUACAAAAAAAACUGAGUGAGGGAAAGGCAGAGUUAAUGAAACCUUGGGAAAAUGACAGUCGCAGAGCAAGUGAAAAUGGGGAAGUUGAAAUGAGAAAAGUUGCAAAGGAGAACUUUGAAUUGUACCAGGAAGAUAUUACGGACCUAAAGUGGCAGAGUCAACGACUCAUUGAAAUUGCGAACAUGGGGGAUGACUAUGACCCACAGAAAAUAUUAUUGAUCUCCUCGAAUAUUCCACGACCUGAGUGGCUAGCACGUAUUACACUUAAAGAUGUUCAUGUGAUUAUGUACCAGUUCUCUCAUGUCACCAUUAUGGACCUGCUCAAAAAUGUUGCUCUGUCAUUAGAGGAUUACCAAGUUGGUAGCAAGGCUAAAAGAAUUGCAUUUGUUUGCCAAGGUGGACCAGGUUAUGCUUACAUCUGUAAAGGCAGGGUCCUAACAUCAAAAAAAUUGGAAAAGGAGCCAGACCUUAGAGACUUUUUCAAAGAUCUUGGGGGCUACAUCUCUAAAAAAGACCCAGAUGAUACAAAGAUGCAUUUCAUUGGAUGCAAUGUCACAGGAAAUAAGAAUGGUGAACUUUUGCUGCAGAAUGUUCAAAAGGCCAUGCAACCUGCAAGAGUAUUGGUAGAGUCUCCUCUAGAGAUUUCCCAGAAAGGCUAUGAAAUGCUUACUGAUUAUUUCGAUAUUGACUUGUAUCGUAUAUGGAAGAAAAACAGAUACACAAAAAUAAGAAUUAAUGGACUUGAAGAGUAAUUAUGCACUCUGUAGAAUCCAACUGCAAAGAGUAUACCAAAAGGAAAAAUAAUUAUUUCAACAUUGAGAAUUUAUAAUUAGUAAUUUAGAAUAAGGAUAAUUGUGUUAAAUAUGUAAACUUUGUGUAAAUGUAAUAUUUGACAUUAUGUAAAUUUGUAUAAUAGCAUGUGCAGACUGAAGUAAUGUUUCAAUAUUUUAAUCAAAAGAGGCAUGCUCCUGAGGCAGGCUCCUGAGGUAGGGGAUAUUGAUAUGGCCGACAAAAACAUAUGCAGACUUUUUUCUAUGCAUAAGGGGUAACCCUUUAGUGGUAGUCUAAAAAGAAGCACACUGAAAUUGGACUUUAAUGCAGAGGCUGGAAUUUUAAGUAGCCUAGAAGAAGAAUCAAUGACAAAGAGAACAAACCUUGAAAAAAUCUUAUCUCGAUAUGAACAAAACUUUUUAUAGAAUUGCAUGGAUUAUUUAAAUUUUCACGAAAUACAUUAGGACGUUCUUGGACUUUUAAAUUUUUAGUUACCUUAGAUUACAUUGCGCAUGGUAAAUUAAUCAUAAUUCUUUUUAGCCAUUCAAAAUAUAUUGGUCAAUUCAACAGAAUAUUUUCAAUGAUCUUUGUAGGUAUUUGCUGAAGUUUCAUACAGUAAAGAAAAGCAAUGGAAUGUAUAUAUUAUUAGGGUUGUGUUCCCCCUUG